AUGGAGCCGCUAAGCGAGAACGGGCUCUGUCUAUCCGAGCUCGAGCUGCACGGAGGGGGUCACUUGCACGAGUCCGUGGCUGCGUCCGUGGGCUCUGCGAUCUCGAGCCUGAUGGCCCCCUUGCACCACGAGCCGCAACAUACACCUCUCCACCACGCACCGCCACUGCAUCACGAACCGCUUGAAAAGCUCAAAUUAUGGGCGGAGACUGGCGAGUUCCGAGACAGUGGCCACUCAUCAUUGGCGUCAGUUGGCUCAGGAGUUGAGCAGUCAUCGCUCUAUGCGCCACCACGACCGAGACGCGACAGGAAACCCACUGACGACAGUGAGUAUUUUUGCAAUCGGCCGCUAACGUCGGAGCCGACGAUAAAGACGGAGUCAACGACUCCGGGGGUCGGGCCCGACGAGCCUUCAAUGGACGACAAGGGCGACAAGAAAAACAAGAGACAACGCCGCCAGAGAACGCAUUUCACCAGCCAACAGCUGCAAGAACUUGAAGCCACCUUCGCAAGAAACCGCUACCCUGAUAUGUCCACGCGCGAGGAGAUCGCCAUGUGGACCAACCUCACGGAAGCGAGAGUUAGGGUAUGGUUUAAAAACCGGAGAGCUAAAUGGCGGAAACGAGAAAGAAACGCCAUGAACGCCGCCGCUGCUGCCGCCGCAGACUUCAAGAACGGUUUCAGCACGCAGUUCAACGGGUUAAUGCAGCCCUUCCCCGAUACUGACGCGCUGUACUCAUCAUAUCCAUACAACAACUGGGCUGCUAAGGUGCCCAGCCCUCUCGGCACUAAGAGCUUCCCUUGGCCAGUAAACCCACUAGGCUCAGUAGUACCUGCAAGUCAUCACCAGGGCUCAGUGAACUGCUUCAAUACCGCGACAUCAAUGGGUGGUGUCGGUGGCGGUGGCAUGGGUGGCGUGGCGGGUACGGGCGGCGUGGCCGGCGGCGUGGCGCCAUGUCCGUACACGCCACCCAACCCGUACGGCAUGUACCGCGCGGAGCCGUGCGCCGCGAUGUCGUCGUCGAUUGCGUCGCUGCGGUUGAAGGCCAAGCAGCACUCGUCAGGGUUCGGUGGUGGGUACGGCGGCGUGUCGCCCGUGUCCCGGGCGGGGUCGGCGCCUCUGUCGGCGUGCCAGUACGCGGGCGGUGUGGCGGAGCGGCUCUGA